AUGGCAUUUGCUGCAAGGCUGGGUGCUCUUACUGGAGAGCUCGUUGAGGCUGUUACUGGUUCAUCAGCUGAGACGAACCGUCGAUUCAAGACCCAGCGCGAUGCUGCCUUACAGAGACUGAAAUCGCACCCGUAUCUACGAACCAAUCAAUUCGAAGUCGAGCACCAACUGGACGGAUUAGAAGAGCGCUUCCGCGUUAAUGGCCGAGAAGCCCUCGCCGAUGCCCUCUCCAAGCGUCGGGAGCAGCUCCUACAAAUACCUGAUAAAUUCCAUCCCGAGGCCCUCUACUUGAUAUUAGAACUCUCAGACCAGCCGACCUACUACGCGAGACUAAGCGAUCUAGAUGCGCUCAAGACAGGGCCCGCCGACUCGGAACUUGAGCUGCGCUGGGAAGAUAUCGCGAAAGAAGAUGGAUGGGAGGACGAUGCUGCUCUAUGGAAGACGAUAAAAUACACCGACAGUUCAGAUGAAGAGCUCUAUGGAGAUGACUCCAAAAGUGAUUCCGAGGCCAGCACUGAUCCAUCCGAGGUACCAGCGCUUGGACGAACAGCCGAAGACCUCAUUAUACACCCCGAGGACAUCACCCAGCUCAACGAGAUUCGAGAAGCGCAAGAAUGGCGGACGCAAAAGCCCACCGACUCAUCAGGCCACGCGCGCAAAGUACCAGUGACGGAGUUUCACAUUGUGCGGGAAGUCCUAUUCAUGCUACAAGGUCUAGAAACAACUCUAUUCGGACCCAAUGGCGAAGUCGAUCCAGCGUUUCAGAUAGCCCAUCUGAAAUGGGAUACCCACAAGGCUCUUCUGGGCUACUUUUCCGAAGCAGGUCGCCAGUUGGCCAUCUUGCGCAAGUUCGUUGACAAGCCGCAGCGAGCAUCGCAUCUUCAAGUUCUCCAGGAUACCGUAGCUAAGCGACUCGAUGAUUUUGAUCGGAAGUCAACGGCGAUAGAGUCGCGACUUGUUGCGCCGGUGAACAAUGUGGUUGUCAGCUUGCUAUCCGUUAAAGGUGAGCUGGCUACUUCACUUGAGCCGCUCUACUCACUCUCGAACAUCAUUGCCCAGAUACAAAAUGUGCCUAAUCAAGGUACAUUUCGUUAUCUAGAGCUACUCUUCGACGAUGCUAGCAUGGCGCAAUUAUCCGGGAAACUGGAUAUAUAUGAGUUUCUAGCACGUAUUUUUGUCGAGUGUUUCAAUGUCUACCUCCGUCCUAUCCGCCUGUGGAUGGAGGAAGGUAAACUAAUCCCUGGCGACAAGAUAUUCUUUGUAUCUGAAGCACCAAGUCAGGUGUCUCUUAGCAAGAUCUGGCGCGAACAGUUUAGGCUCCGCCGAACAGCUGAUGGUAAGCUACAUGCUCCUAACUUCCUCCAACCGGCGGCUGCAAAGAUCUUCAAUGCGGGCAAGAAUAUUGUCGUUUUAAAGCGGCUGGGCCGUUGGAUCUCUUCAGGCUCAGAGUGGGCAAUCCAGGAGCCUCCUCUCAAGUACGAAACGCUCUGUCCUAGAGGACUUGAGCUUGCGCCCUUUUCGGAACUCUUCGACACUGCGUUUGAUGGGUGGUUACAGACCAAGUAUAAUACAACGUCGACCACGUUGAGAAAUACGCUAUUCGAAGAGUGCGGGCUCUGGUCUGCCCUUGAGGCCAUGGAGCGUUUAUAUUUCAUGUCUGAUGGCGCCGCAACAGAGACCUGGACUAGCAGCCUCUUUGAAAAGCUGGAUACAUUGGACCCCAACUGGCACAAUCGAUAUACCCUCACCAGCGUGGCGCAGGAAGCAUUCACGACUCUUGUCGAUAUGACACGAAUAUCUAUAUAUAUUAACACGACUGGGCUACGAAUACCAGUCCUCGCAGCUCGUGAUUCCGUCAAGGCUGCUCUGUCGAGUACGAGGGUUAACUAUCGGGUGGCCUGGCCGAUCCGCAUGAUUCUUUCCGAAGAGAGCUGUACUCAGUAUGACGCUAUUUUCGUGCUGCUCUUACAACUGAAGCGCGCCAUGCACAUUCUACACAAACGCAAGAUUCUUGAGGGUUACUGGGCCGACAACGAGAACUGGGAUGAGCGGGCGCUUUAUUACUCUCUACGGAACAACCUUCUCUGGUUCUGCACUACCCUCCAGACUUAUCUUGCAACGCUCGUCCUGGCACCCAACUGUGCUAAGAUGAGACAGGAUAUGCAAGAUGCCCACGAUGUUGAUGCUAUGAUUUCUGUUCACGCUGCGUUCCUAAAGCAGGUUGUCGACGAGGCGUGUCUUGGAAGUAGAUUAACGCCAAUAAGAGAAUGCUUCCUUGAUAUGCUCGACCUGGCUAUCAGGCUCGAGCAAGCGCAAACUGCCAACGCGAUAAAGGAGGCUGAGCGGAUGCAGCAGUUCUCACGUCUUUCAACAAGAAAUCUCUCGCCUACACCCGGAACACCUGGGUUGAAGUCCAAGUAUGUCGUCGACAGCAGCGAUGAGGAGGAUGAGGAAAGAGAAAGAUUGAAGACUCUGAAGAUGGGAAAGCCAUUCAUGGUAGUGCUGAAGGAGAUCAAGGUCGAUUUUGAGAGACACCUGCGAUUUGCGUGCGGUGGGCUGCGCAGUGUGGCCAGAGCUACAAGCGACGUGCAAUCUGCAAAGUGGGAUAUCCUAGCUGAGAUGCUUCAGACGGGCUGUCGAGACGAGAGAGCAGGAGUUGCCUGA